AGGGGAGAGUGGGGAGGGGGGGCGGCUGGAAGACGCGCCGCAGAGAGAGAGAGAGAGAGAGAGGUGUAUAUAUUUGUGUGUGUGAGAGAUGGUCUGUCACCGGAGGGACACCCAGCCAUCCAUCCACCACGCCGUGUGUGCAGCAACCAGCAGCCUGGGGCUUUUAAUCCUGUCUAACACACUUUGCAGUGUUGGGGACUCGUGAAUCUGGUACCAGCCGACUUAUUUGUGUGUGGGUGAAAAAUUGUGUGAUCGCUUAGCUUUGGGGUGGGGGGUUUGAAGCAGUGUCGAUGCUGACACUUCUACGUGAGUGAUUGAGCGAGUGAGUGUGUGUGUGCGUGUGGUGUGUGUGUUUUUCUCUCUCACACACACAAAGUAGCUUGAUGAGUGUCCAAAGUAACAGUGGAAGUGGUGGAAGUUUGGAGGGGACGCCAUCUUGGUCCCAGUUCUCCACGUCCCCAACGCCGGGAGCUCUGCAGACUAACACGGCACCUGUAAAGGCCAAAGAAGGUGCUGCAAUGGAGGAGCUUCAUAGCCUCGAUCCUCGACGGCAGGAGUUGCUGGAGGCGAGGUUUACGGGUGGCGUGAGUACUGGGAGUGGAAGUGGAAGCACAGGAGCUAAAGUUUUAACAAAUAAUGAAUGUUCUAACCACAGUUUUGGAAGUCUUGGAUCAUCAAGUGACAAAGAGUCAGAGACACCAGAAAAAAAGCAAUCCGACUCUUCAAGAGGAAGGAAGCGAAAAGCAGACACCCAGGGCGAUAAUAGCCAAGGUAAAACCGGUGCAAGAGGACAUAAAAUUAGUGACUAUUUUGAUUAUACAGGUGGUAAUGGCACCAGUCCUGUACGAGGUGUACCACCUGCAAUUCGAUCUCCCCAGAAUUCCUUCCCUCACUCUGCCACCUCUUCUAUUCGGCAGAAUAGUCCAUCUCCUACUGCACUAGCAUUUGCAGACCUCUCUGUUUUACAGCCAAAAUUAAUUUCUGUCUUCUGCAAGACAACACAGACUGAACUUACCAUGGGAAAACUGGCUACACUGGAAAGCACUAAGAAUCUGGACCUUGAGAAGAAAGAAGGUAGAAUAGAUGACUUGUUGCGAGCCAAUUGUGAUCUAAGGAGGCAGAUAGAUGAACAGCAAAAGCUCCUUGAAAAGUACAAAGAACGGUUAAACAAGUGUAUGACAAUGAGUAAAAAGUUGCUGAUUGAAAAGAGUAAGCAGGAGAAGCAAUCCAGCAGAGAGAAGAGCAUGCAGGACAGAUUACGUCUGGGGCAUUUCACGACAGUUCGACAUGGUGCUUCAUUCACGGAGCAGUGGACUGAUGGCUAUGCUUUUCAGAAUCUUGUAAAACAACAGGAAUGGAUAAAUCAACAAAGAGAAGAAAUAGAAAGACAGAGGAAAUUGUUGGCAAAGAGAAAGCCGCCACCAACUCAAAAUUUGCAGGCUCCAUCAGCAAAUCUAGAGAUAAAGCAACGCAAAGCUAAAGCUGUAAAUGGAGCAGAAAACGAUCCAUUUGUCAGACCAAACCUUCCACAGUUGUUAACGGUAGCAGAGUACCAUGAACAAGAAGAGAUUUUCAAACUUAGGUUGGGACAUCUUAAGAAGGAAGAAGCUGAAAUUCAAGCAGAGCUGGAGAGACUGGAGAGAGUGAGAAAUUUGCACAUACGUGAACUUAAAAGAAUAAAUAAUGAAGACAGUUCACAAUUCAAAGAUCACCCCACGUUGAAUGAUAGAUAUUUAUUGCUACACCUACUUGGACGAGGUGGUUUCAGUGAAGUAUACAAGGCCUUUGACCUGAUAGAACAGAGGUACGCUGCAGUGAAGAUUCAUCAACUGAACAAAAACUGGAGAGAAGAAAAGAAAGAAAACUAUCACAAGCAUGCAUGCAGAGAAUAUAGAAUACACAAAGAACUGGAUCAUCCUAGGAUAGUUAAAUUGUAUGACUAUUUCUCCUUGGAUACAGAUACAUUUUGUACAGUUUUAGAAUAUUGUGAAGGAAAUGACUUGGACUUCUAUUUGAAGCAACACAAAUUGAUGUCUGAGAAGGAAGCACGAUCUAUUGUAAUGCAGAUAGCAAAUGCAUUGCGAUACCUAAAUGAGAUCAAGCCUCCCAUUAUACACUAUGAUCUAAAGCCUGGUAACAUCCUCCUGGUUGAUGGAACGGCAUGUGGAGAAAUAAAAAUAACAGAUUUUGGUUUAUCAAAGAUUAUGGAUGAUGACAAUUAUAAUGCUGUAGAUGGAAUGGAUCUGACAUCUCAAGGAGCUGGAACUUACUGGUAUUUGCCUCCUGAAUGUUUUGUUGUAGGAAAAGAACCACCCAAAAUUUCUAACAAAGUGGAUGUCUGGUCUGUUGGAGUUAUCUUCUUUCAAUGUCUCUAUGGUCGUAAGCCAUUUGGCCACAACCAGUCACAGCAGGACAUCUUGCAAGAGAAUACAAUAUUAAAAGCAACUGAAGUCCAAUUUCCUGUUAAACCAGUUGUUAGCAAUGAAGCAAAGGCUUUCAUUAGGCGUUGUCUAGCAUACCGUAAGGAAGAUCGCUUUGAUGUGCACUUGCUGGCUAAUGAUACAUACCUUCUCCCUCAUAUGCGACGGUCAAACUCUUCAGGCAAUCUACAUAUGCCUGGGCCAGCCACAAUACAGGUGUCACCCAUGUCAAACAUAGUUUCUUAUUAAGACUCGGAGUUAGACUGACAAAACGUAAAACUUUCCAGAUUAAUUUGCAGCUGGAGACGGUAUAACUUGAAGUUUUUUCUUCUUUUUGAGAGGAAGGAGAAAGCAGAGGCUGUGAAAUAAUUGGGGUGUACCAAUUUUUAAAUCCUUUACUUUUGAUUUAUUUCAAAUCCAACUGAACCGUGGAAAACAAUGAGCUGUUCCAACGUACUGCAUACUGUAAAACUUGGUACAAAUCAAACAGCUUGCGUAUGUGGUUAAACUGUUUGUCCACAUUUUUUGGGAACACUGUAUAUAAUCCAAUGAGUCACUUUUUGUUUAAAAUAAGGCCAGAACAAAUGAUUUUAGCGCACAGAAAUACAACAGCCCAAUGAAAGAAAAUUAUGUGAAGAGAUUAGAGUAGGUCUUGCAAACCUGAAAAUGCACAAGAACAUUUACAUAUUGAAGCUACAAUACGCAGCUUAUGUAUUUAUAGGUCAAACUAGAAUGUAUUGUGCAAGAUAAUAGUAAAAUAGCAUUGUUUUAUAUUGUUGUAAAUUAUUUCAUUAUAUUUACCUUCUACUGAAGUUGCAGCAGUUUGAUUUUGUACAGGCUGCAAAAAAAAAAUUGGCUUUUUGUUUUCUUAAUUGGAUCACAAAAUCCAAUAAUGGAGCUGACCAUUGCUGUUUUGUUAUUAUAACAAGGCCUUCAAAAGUUAUCCACAAACUGAGAUGUGUAAAAGCUUAAUUUUUGUAUCAAAUAAGAUUGUCUUAAAACAAAUUUUGUAAUAUUGAGGGAUAGGCCAAUUCAUGGAUAAGCCUUGAUUGUUUGGCAUCAUUCAGCCAACGGAGAAGAAAAAAACAAAUGCAGGACAGAUUGUGACGUUUGCAGGAUUAUUGCUUUCUUCUCUAUGUUGGCAUAAAUGGUGUGAAACAUGAAAUUCUCAACAAUUGCCUUGUGUUGUACAAAUUACAUCCACUUCCAGUAACACAAUCUUACCGAUAGUAGAGUUUAUUGCUCGUUUUUAAAUCCAUACAAUAGAAUACCUGUGUGUAAUUAUUGCACUGAAACAAAACAAAAUUUGGUUUAUCUGGGCUUGUUAAUGUUGUAUAAUUAAGCUGUUGCCUGUGUUCCUGGUGUCAAAAGCUGCAUUGUUUUCACUGUAAAUAAAAUGUUUAACUGUUGACUUAAAAAGGUGCUGCUGAUGCUGUAGAGAAUGCAGCCAAACCCAGUAAUAAAACUACAAAAUUCUAUUUCUCAU